CUGCCAGGUGAAGGACUCAUCGAUUCCGCGUCCCCCCACCAGGGCAGUCGGCCCCCAGGGUGGACAAACCCCUCCCUCGCCUCAUCGGGCGGAAUGAGGUCACUUCCGCCCCGCUUCCGCCCUUCCGACUACCCCACUUCCGGUCCUCCCUUUUUCCCCUUCCCCCUCUGGUGUCGAAUUCAACCAUUGAUUAACACCCCCCGGCCAGUGGCCCCGGGCCCAUCCCCAUGGCCUCGCGGCACCAGCGCCGCCUCUGGCGCUACGUGGAGUCUGGCCGGCACCGCCGACUGCGCUCGCUCCUUGCCCGCCACCGGGAGGCGUUAGACCUGGACCAGCCAGGGGGGCACAAGGGCCGUCCUCCCCUGCACUAUGCCUGUGCCCACCGAGACCCCAUUACCGCCCAGAUCCUGCUGGGCCACGGAGCCAACCCCACCCUCCAAGACCGGCAAGGAGACACGGCCCUGCACCACGCCGCCCGGCAGGCUGCCCGCAAGGGCAAGAGCGCGUACAAAGUCCUCUUUGCCACCCUGCAGAGCCACUGCCCUCGGGCCAUGGGGAUCCGGAACCGGGCCGGGGAGACGCCCGGGGACCUGCUGGGGCCCACGAACGCGGAGCAGCAGCCCCCGGAGGGACCCGAAGAGAGCGACGGGGAGCAGGACGGGGACUGGGAAUGGCGCCAGAAGCUCUUCGGGGAAUGCCAAGAUGAAUACCAGGAGAUCUGGCGCUACGAAGAGGAUUUCUGCACGGCCCACCCGGACCCAGAACCCUACGAGCAGUGGGCAGAGCGCAUGGCGCGGGAAUACAGCCGCAAAGACCGCCAGGGGGCGGGGCCUGGCCGCCAGAGGGCGGGGCCUGGCCACCAAGGGGCGGGGCCUGGCCCUCAGGACCCCAGCCACGCCUCCCAGCGCCCCCUGGAGGAAGAGUCUCGUCUGUUCCGGGAACGCGCCCGCACCAAGGAGGAGGAGCUGCGGGAAGCCAAGCGGCAGCGCUACCAGGAGGGCUGCGCCCACGUCUUCGCCCCCGACGCCACCCGCCCCCUGCGCUACGGGGACAUCCCCUGGCCCAGCCCCACGGGCACCGUGGCCGAGAUGGCCGCAGCGGCCAUGCUGGGCACGGAUCCCUCGGACGCCGGCGCCUACCGCCGCCAGCUCCGCCGCCAGCAGGCCCUGUGGCACCCGGAUAAAUUCGCCCAGCGCUGCGGGGGGCGACUGGCGGAGCCGGAUCGGUGCCGGGUCCUGGCCACGGUCACGGCCCUGUCCCAGGAACUCAACAGACUGGCUGAGGCGGCCAAAUAACGCAACGCAGCUGUAUGUCUCCCAAGCCCGGCACCCAGCCGCACGUCCCAGGGGCCACCAUGGUGAAAUUCGGGGCAGGCCUCAGGCCUGUGGAUCCUGUCCGUGGCUCCGGCUUGCUCUGCUCGGCUUGCGGCUUCCUGC